GACAACUUGUUCUUCUCUUUGGCCGUUGGCCGCGAGUGAGAGCGGCCGCGUCGUCUUCCUCGUCGCGAUCGCCGCUCAAACCCAAUCCGAUUCAUUGCGACCAGUCUCCGAUUUCAGCACCACCGCCGCCCGACUCUAUCCCCAAAGCCCUAGAGAGGAGGCCGACCGCCACCGCGAAGAAGCGCCGCGGUUGGCCACGGCGUGGGGCGAGAAGGGAGCGGAAGCGGCCACUCCGGCUGCCGUGCAUGGAGAGGAUCCAGUCUGUGUUGGAUGAAAGAAUGGACCCAUUUUUCACUAGAUUGACUACACCAGUGGCUAUUGGCCAAUCACGAUCUACUGCUCAGGGUGGUCUGUCCUUGUUCAAUGGACCUUUUUGUGACACACGGACUUCUCAAGGAGAGCUUAAUAAUGGCUUAAUGAAGUUUGAGGAUACAACAAUGCUACCACCAUGGUUGUUGUCCUACAAUUGCAGCUGUGACAUCGCCAACAACUUCGAAGCAUUUGCAACUGUAGUGUCAAGGUUGCAUCAACACCUUCUGGAUGCAAAUGUAGAAAUUAGUUACACAGAAUACCUAGAUUUGAUGAAAGUGGAAGUUGAUCAGCGGCUUAAUAAGCUCAAUGAAGAUAUAAGAGUCUUCAAAAGCUAUAACUUGGCCCAUGGUAAUGAUGCAAAUGGUUCAUGCUCUUUGGUAUGUUGUGAUGGGAAGCUGAUUGAGACAGAUGAGGGGUUCAACAGCUUGAAGUUACUGCUGACUGUGGUGUUCCGACAAAUUAGGGAGAUGCUCGGAUUGGUUAAUGCUUCAAUUCAUGAUCUUCAGUGGGAGCAUGAGUUGCAAUUAGAGGUUACCAGCGUCAAUAUUGGAGACUGCAUUAGAGGUCUCCAGGAUGAGCUGGAAAGGAAGUUGUAUGAGCAAAGUUCCAUAGUGAACAGUCUAAGAAAGAACUGGCAGGAAACUGUAGCUCAGUGUGCUUCCAUCCGCGAAGAGCUGAUUGUUAUUUCCAAUAUGCUAUUACCUUCGGAAGAGGAAUCACAUAUUUCCCAUAGUAAUUAUGAAACUUUAGGUAACAGGAGCGACAGAUGGAAAUUCCGUUUUUUUGGAAAGAGAACAUGUGAGGAUCACUCUCCAUCUUCUGGUGAGGAAAACGGAAAUUCUGCAACACAGAAAUCUGUAAGCCCCAGUGAAGUUGUUUCAGAAAAAUCUGACUUCCGACAUCUGAAGGGUAUGACUAGACAAGAAAUGCUUAACUAUUUCAGAUCUGAGAUUAGUAAGUUAAAAAGGCUGCAUGAAUUGGAUUUGCAAGAGAAAACAGAAGAGCUGUUCAAAUUCAAACGAGAUAAAUGGUCAUUAGCUCUUAAGUAUGAUGUAGAAUUCGAGCCAUUAAGGAAGAAAUUUCCUGAGGUCAUUUCAAGAUUUGACCAAAUCAUGUCCAAUGGAAUGGCAGCACCUACAAUCUGCAGUACUAGUGGCGGCCUUGAUGAAAAGAGCAGAUUGAAUAGUACAAUUGAUUCACUAUACUAUGAAAACAAGCAUCUUCGGGGUUUGCUUGCAAAGAAGACAAAGGAUGUUCAGGAAUUAUCGUGCCAGUUAUCAGAUGCCAGCAGGAAAAUUUCACUUCAAUGUUCAUUAGAAAAACAACUUUUGAGACAAGUCAGCAGCAUUAAAGGAGAGUAUGAGGAUCUCUAUGUGGAAAGCACUAUCAGAGAUGAGAUAUACCAAACUGUUACAAGAAAAUUGGUUGAUAAUCAUAGGAACAUCGUGGAGGAUACUGUGCGGAAUUUUCGUGCAAAAGUGUCCUCAUUUGAAGCUACCCUCUCAGGAAAGGACAAGGCAUUCUGUUUAGCUAAUGAAGAAAAUCAGAAGUUGAAGGAAAAGUUGUCAAUACUAGAAAAGGAGCAUUUCAUCCAAAAUAAUCAGCAAGAUCCAGAGCUAAUCAAGCAAGAGAGUGAGGAAAUGAUACUCCGUGAUAUUGAGAUGGAGCCUCAUGUAUCACCACGAAGAUCAUAUGAUAUUUCUGAUCAGGACAUGCACUACGAGGAGCUCAUCAAACUGAAUCAGACUUUAGAGAUCUCUUCAACCACCUUAAAAGAAGUUGAAACGAAAAAGUUGGAUUAUAGUGAUACCCUAGGUAAAAGAGAGCAAGAAAAGCAGCUAGAUUGCAUCCUGGUAUCUAUCAUGGAUCUGUCAAAAGAAUUUGCAGAGAUUGAACAUAAAAUGUUGGAAGAUAUAAAAGGAAAUGAGAAAAAGACUGAAAAUCUGAACGAUCGAUGCAACCAUAUGGUACAACAGGCAAUUGUACUAACAAAGAAGGGACUAUGGUACAAGCAAAUGCUUGACACAAGACGUUCUGAGCUCCAAAAGGCUGAAUCUGAGGUUGACAUUUUGGGAAACAAGGUUAAUGAACUCUUAAGUCUUGUUCAAAAGAUAUAUGUAACUCUUGAGCAUUACUCUCUUGUUUUUCAGCAUCAUCCUGUGUUACUGGAUGCUUUCUUGAAGACAUGCAAGCUUGUUGCAGGUAUAAGAAGUAGGCAAAAAGAGGACUUACAAGACACAACAUAAGUCAGAGCAGCUAGGUGAGCUGGCACUUUGUUUAUCCAUCACUAAAUGGACAUCUUCCAAGUUGUAGAUUUCAUAGAAGCAAGGCUCCAACCCAGUUGGUUGAAUUUCUAAUAUUGCUAGAUGUCUAUUACAAAUUAUCGUGAUGCUAGAUUCUAUGUUUUCAUAUCACAUCGUGACUUCUUAACUCAUAGGGGACAACUAAAGUAGUGUAAUCUCUAUCAGGAUAAAGGUGUAGCAUGCUCUUCUGGUGUGUUUGUCUAAGUAGUGUAAUCAAUACCUCAAAAUCCCCAUACAGUACUGUCUGUUUGAUUACUGAGACAUUGUAUCAUCAUUUUUUUUUUUAUCGAAUACGCAAGAGAGCUGUGCAUCAUUGCAUUAAGGAGGAAAAAAGAGUUUGAAAAUACAACACACACAAACCCAAACACACACACACACCCAACCAUCACUUUAAGCACACAUGCGCCCUUAAAAAGAAGAAAGAAACGACCAACUACAAAAACAAACUGCUGAACUGACCCUCUGUCUAGCUGUGCUAAAUCCCUAGCACCAGCCAAACCCCAAAGAAUCGCUUCCUCACUGGCUAAAUGCAAAACCCGCUGUACACUUGGCAAAGCACUGUUAAAAACACAAUCAUUCGAUGCUUCCAAAGCAACCAAGCCCUAAGUAUGAUUAGGGAGUUCAGACCCUUCUUUAACGGCUGGGCGACCAAAUCAGUAAUCUUGAUCCACCAAGUACUAAACACUACGUCCUCCUGUGUUGGGGAUAAGUCUGGGAUACCAAAUUGUCGACAAAAAGAAUACCACAACUGUCUUGAGAACACACAGGAGGUAAGAAUAUGCUGAAUAGUUUCCUCCUCUUGAUCACACAGCGGGCACCGCUCUGAAUGGGGCAUGUUUCUCCGAGCAAGUCUAUCCUUCGUCCAACAUCUAUUAUGCACUGCAAGCCAAAGGAAAAAUUGACACUUCCUUGGCGCCCAAGAUCUCCAAAUCAGCUCCCAAGGCUCGAAAGAAAUAGCACCUAUGAAGAAGGCCUUAUAUGUUGAUCGUGCCGAGUAAUUGCCAGAAGCUGAAAGUUUCCAAAGAUGCUCAUCCUGCACCUCAGGUUGAAGCACACCUCAGGUUGAAGCACAACCUCGGAUAGUAGGACCCACAAAUCAAGAUAUUCUGAUAGAGCAGCCACAGAUAAAGCCCCCCGAAUGUCUUGAGCCCAGCAGUGUUCAUCCAAGGCAUCCCGGACAAUACGUUUGUUGGUCCGUCGCUUCGGAACAAGGGCGAACAGAUGGGGUGCAAGAUCAGCAAUCGACUUAUCAUGCAGCCAUUGAUCUGUCCAGAAAAGGGUGUUACAUCCAUUACCAACAUUGGUAACUAAUGCAAUUACCAACAUUGGUAACUAAUGCAACUGAGAACAAAGCCUUGACAUUAGUAUGCACCGACACUGAGAAUAUUGCCCAAGGUUUAUCCGGCUGCGUUUUCUUAUGUAAUACAUUUGUUCAUUUUUGAAGAAGUGCACCUUUCCAGGGCUAUAAAUUUUGGGUGUAAUGAGUUACCUCAAGUGGCUCAAUCUAUAGUUAUGAUUGAAAUUCCAUUUUUUAUUAAAAAAAUGAUUGAAAUUCUAUGGUAAUUGUUUGACUGCUACAACUUCUAUGGUCAUUGCUUGACUACUGAUUUUCGGAGAGAUGUGCGCAUGUUUUACUGCUACACUUUUAUGUUCACUGUUUGGUUGUUUGCUUGAGCAACAGAUUACUGAGUCUGAGGUAAGUGCAGUUACUUUGCUUACUGCUAACUUCUGGAGUAUCUAUGUCUCUGUGCAUGCUUGCUGUCAAAAUCUAGAUGUUAGUUUCAAAUUUUAUCGGAGCAAAGUCUCACAUAAGUGCACAGGUUUUCUUCUGCUAAUCUUAUUUUAUCCAAAGAAACAUCAAUCAAACUAAAUUUCUUGCAUUUAUUUUUUCUAAAAAAAAGAUUGUGAUGUAAACCCUUUUUUUUUUAUUGGGUUACAACAUGAUCAAAGCAAUCUGUUACAGCAAAUGUAAAAGACUAAGUUACAGUUUGUCACUAACAUAAUAUACAAGAAUGUGUAGGAGAUUGCAUUAUUGAACAGUUCUAAUGUCACCAUCUAAUUCGCUUGCUAUAGCAUUCCAUGCUAAUAAUGCUGCACCAACAGCUGGCUCCACCUGCAGAUACAAGCAGAUAUAAGUCCAUGAGCAUUUAACAGGAAACAUUUUAUAGUAGGAUCUGAAGAUGUGUCAGUUUGUCAAGUGUGUUUAUUUGAUAUUAUUAAAGCAUUAUACACAGCUUAACACUUGCUUCCUUGUGUCAGUAAAAUCUUCCCCUAUAUUCUUGUUUCCACUGAUCUGUUCAUUAGUUCUUGAACAUGGCAUAAUCUGAAGAAUAUUUCUUAUGGUCUGAUGCAAAGCUAGGAGUAAUUCUGCUCACCUUAGGGUGUAUUGGAUAGGCUCCUGGAUAACUCUUGGUAACACAAUCUAUCACUUCCUUCCCAAUGUCCCACCUCUUGUUUGCCUCAAGGACUUUACCAACCAUAACAAGAGGAAAUGGAUGCUUGCCAUCUGCAAAGGAGAAACAUCUUGAGAAAUUCUUCCAUGAGAAAGACAUUCAGAGAAGAUUCUUGUGUCACCUUCACCGCCAAGUUCAAGUCUUCGCACUACAGCCUUGACACUGGAAGCUAGUUCACCAACUGAAUUGUUUAAGAUCUUAAUUGCCAUCUCAUCACCACCUUCAGCAGAUUCUACCACUACUGGAAGAAGGGAACUUGUCCGGAAGUAGCAGGUGAUGCUCGACAGAAGUUACCUCCGACAGAAUUGUGGUUGGAGCAGCCGGCGACGGUGCGUGAGAGGACAGGGAGCGGGUCGUUGAAUGGCAUGGCCGCCGGGAUGCAGACGCAGACGGUGUUGCUGGCGCCGCCGUCGACGCCGAGGAUGACGCUGCCCAUGCGCGGGCUCUGGCACUCCUCCACGUCCCACAUCUCCCUCCCCGUGUGCCGAUGCAUCUCUCCCUCUCUCUGCCUGUAGCCCCUGCCUGAACACUCCUUACACUCUUUACACACUAGAAAGAGAAGGAUCCUGAUGAAUCUUCUCCUGCCACCAACUGCUAUUCUGCAGCUGAGGGGGAAAAGAAAUGCACGUUAGUUUACAGCUGGUUGUUACUGGCGUUCCGGCUACAUGUUGGUGUUACUGACAGCACUGGUGUUGUACUUCGUGUGUUGUUAGCUGCGUCCUUGAUCACACGUGUGGAGAUGCUACAAUUAGGCGCUGUAGAUUCCUCGGUAAAAACAGGCAUCGGUGUCAGACUGGUUAAAUCCAAUCUGAUGCGAUCUUAGCUUCACCAGCUAUCAAAUCUGAAGUCUAUUUCAAUCGUGUUGAUUUCCAUAUGGAAUUACGCAGGCACGCCUUUUUCUGAAGGAAUCUUCUCCUGCCAUAUGUCUGGUUUCUGGUGAGGCAGAGCUACAAGACGUUCAGAAGAAGACGGUGAGCCGAUGACAUCGGAUAACUCACACCCAAACAACCGAGGGAAGAGCGUAUCUGGAGCAAUCACAAGUAGUUGGGCUCAAAUUUUGCGAGGUUUCUUUUUUCUUUCAUUUCUGGAUGUGGUAAUUCGUUAGAUACCACUGAAAGAUCGUGUCUUUCGGAAUAUACCACCGAAGAAUCCGGGUCCCUAAAAUGCCACUUAAAGAUUACUCCGUUUUGCUAUUUUUUGCUCCGUCACAUUCUGUUAGCCACCAGGGCGUUUAUCUUCC